CCGUCUGCUGUCGCACCGCCAACGGACCCGUAGUACGCGCGUUCCGACGACGCGAUCGGACGGCGCGUACUGAGGCGAAACGUCCCCUCAGGGUUUACCUCUUGGGUAUAAAACAUAGCGAAGGCCGUCGAAAUUCUUCAGUGCUCCAAGCAUCCUUUCCACAGCCAACUCAGCACGGCCGAUCCAACCAUGUUGUCUAUCGUCAAGCUGCUCUCUGCUCUCGCCCUCCCCCUCCUCGCCCAGGCGUCCCCUGCCCCCGAGGCCCGCGCCGUGAGCCGGGCUGGCCAGGGGUCGAUGUGCUCGACAAAGAAGUUCAACAUCGAAGCCAUGUUCGACGAGAUGCUUGGUGCGGAUAACAAGUUGACCAAGCCGGUCGCAGAAUAUCCGACCUUCGUUGCUCUGUCGGUCGGCUACCAGAACUACAGCUGCCUCGAUAACGGCACCUGGUUCAACAUCGGUGCUGUUACUGAGCUUUUCGAUAUCUCUUGCAUUCCCGACGAGAGCAUCGCCCCGUUCACAACCUUCGUUGCGAACUUCUGGGAGGCUGCCGGCGAGGGCGUGUCCCCGCAAGAGGUCAUUGACCUCGCGACACAGGGCGCGAGCUCGAACUUCUCGCUCGGCAUCCACUACUGGAUCCAGAGCCCGCUCCAGCCAAGCAACCCGCUUGCGAUCAACUCCGUCUGGGACUUCAGCCAGCAGCGUCUCAAGAACGACCCGAACGUCAAGAAUGCGUUUGUCGUUGGCGGAGACACCGCCAUGGUUCCUUCGCCAGACAACGCCACCUUCGACGCCCCCUGGAUCAGCUCGUCUGCGAUUACGCUCGACGGCAAGCAGGACGGUGUGCUCGCAGACCAGAUCUACCGCAUUCACUGCAACGACGGCAACUACCCUCCCGGGAACUGCACCCCCGGCCAGCCUGAGGCCCUCGUCAAGUCCACUCUUACCUUCUGGAUGUACGGUGGUGCUUGGGCUGACACCAUCUUCUAAGCGAUAGUCAUCGCUUGAAGUGAGAUGUGGGCUCCGCAGAUGUCUGUCCUAGGUUGUGGACUUUCGACUCAGUAGCUCUUCCAUGUCUCACAUUGUCCGCUUAAAUAUUAGAUUUGUAAUAGAUCGAGCUUGUAGGGCGCGCUCUAGAGCAUCGUUCCAGUUCCCGCGAGCUCAAAUCGAGCCGCGGUACCUGCCGUA